CCCUCCCCCAGCAACCACACACACGCACACACACAAACAGAGAGGGAAGGGGGGAGGGUGAGAGAGAGGGAGAGAGAGAGAGAGGGGAGAGAGAGAGGCUCCCCGGCUCCCUCCCUCCCUCGCACACAGCGACUGGAGACGGACGGAGAGCAACGCGCUGGGAGAGGAGAGACCACCGAGAACAGCCCCGCGCUCUCACACAUACACUCACACUCGGCUCUUUCCUCUCCCCCCACCUCCUCCUCCUUCCACCCCCACCACUAACACCAUCUCCUCCUCCUUCUCUCUGCAACAAGAAAAAAAAAAGCCAUUUACAGGGGGUGAUGUGCAACUAAUUAAAGGCAGACUAGCAGCGUCUGCAAAUUCUAAGGCUCCCCAAAUAAAAAGAGACUGUUGUAACAGUUGGAGGAUAAUGCUAAGGAAGACGCUGCCUGGGAAUUCACCGUCUGUGGAAAUGCGCCCCAGAGAGGAAUAAAGCAGUCCUCACCUUGCUCUCCCCAUCCGGACCCACUUUCCCCUCCCGCCUCGGCCCCCACCCCGACACCACCAUCACCCCCUUCCCUCCCCCCCACCUCCCCCCCUUUCCCACCCAGGUGUCGGACCAGGCGGUCCCCACUUCCACCCUGCACCCCUUCUUCCCCCCCUGCACCAUGAACACCAAUGUCUGCGUGGAGCCCGGGCCGAGCCCGGAGGCCCCGGGCUUGCCCAAGGAAAGCCACCUGCCCGAGGGGGCCCUGAACAGCCUUGUGGAUUACAACUCGGAGAUGGAGCGCUACCGCUCCUUUGCCACCUCCUUCUACAAGACCAACGGGGGCGCCUUCCCGCAGGCGGCCAAGAUCGCGCGCAUCACCACCCCCAUCUUCCCCAGCAGCGCCGCCGCCGCCGCGGCCGCCGCGCGCAUCGGCAUGUCCCCCUGGAACUGCGACAACGCGGCCACCGCCGCCGCCGCCACCGCCAUGCUCUGGGGCAGCGGCGGGGGCGGGGGCGGCGGCGGGGGCGGCGGCGGCGGCGGGGGCGGCGGGGGCGGUGGCGGGGGCGGCGGGGGCGGCAGGAAAUCCUCCUCCGCCGCCGCCUCCUCCUCCGCCUCCUCCUCGGCAAUCCUCCCCGCCGGCGGUGGCGGUGGCGGCGGCGGCGGCGGCGGCGGCGGUGGCGGCGGCGGCGGCAGCAGGACCAGCAUGCACCACCGAAACGACUCCCAGAGGCUGGGGAAAGCUGGCUGCCCGCCAGAGCCGUCGUUGCAAAUGGCAAAUACUAAUUUCCUCUCCACCUUAUCCCCUGAACACUGCAGACCUUUGGCGGGGGAAUGCAUGAACAAGCUCAAAUGCGGCGCUGCUGAAGCAGAGAUAAUGAAUCUCCCCGAGCGCGUGGGGACUUUUUCCGCUAUCCCGGCUUUAGGGGGCAUCUCAUUACCUCCAGGGGUCAUCGUCAUGACAGCCCUUCACUCCCCCGCAGCAGCCUCAGCAGCCGUCACAGACAGUGCGUUUCAAAUUGCCAAUCUGGCAGACUGCCCGCAGAAUCAUUCCUCCUCCUCCUCGUCCUCCUCAGGGGGAGCUAGCGGAGCCAACCCGGCCAAGAAGAAGAGGAAAAGGUGUGGGGUCUGCGUGCCCUGCAAGAGGCUCAUCAACUGUGGCGUCUGCAGCAGUUGCAGGAACCGCAAAACGGGACACCAGAUCUGCAAAUUUAGAAAAUGUGAAGAGCUAAAGAAAAAACCUGGCACUUCACUAGAGAGAACACCUGUUCCCAGCGCUGAAGCAUUCCGAUGGUUCUUUUAAAGCAGUAGUAUAUCUUAUUUUCAAGGCAUUUGGAAGUGAAGGGCAAACUAAUGUCUUGUUUUAAGAAACUGCUUAGUCCACCACUGAAGAAAAUAUCCAGAUAUUAUUUUCAUUUUAUGUAUAGGGGUUUCUUCAAAACAAAACAAAACAAAACAAAGGAAAAGAAAAAAAGACAUAUAAAAAUAAUCUGGGAGUUUGGGGAAUUGGCCAGUCUAUUUACUUUCAAUACACUGAUUCUUUCUUUGAUGUAAUUUAGCUAUACUAGUGAAGUUGUUGUCUAUUUUGGAAGUGGCUGUAAAAAAAUAAGUUUGGGUAAACCCCUGCUGUAAAAUCAUGUAUCUUUGCAAAGUACAUAUCUAUACUUCAUUUUCAAAUAUAUGUGUUUCAGUACUGUAAACUGUACAGAUAGCAGCUUGUAUUUUGUGUGUUUAGACACAAGGAGACAAUCAUGUCUGAGCAUCUAUGGAGAUUAACAGUUUGUACACAACAGUAUGGUUCUGCGAGUUAAAUCUGGAGCAAUAAAUUUUAGCUUUAACUAUUUUUUGCCAGUUGUUUCUAGAAGCAGCAACAGCAGUGGCAUGUUUUGCCAUGCAUCUUUCCGUAGAGACUUGAUGCCAAGUUUUACAAGACUAAAAGAUGAUGAUGCAUCCAGCAAUUACCUUCAGUUGUAUUGUUAUAAGAGGGGGAAGAUGUUAUGAAAGUUUCAAUUAAUCUUUUGAGCACUAUAUUAGAGUAGUGGUUAUGCACUUGCAUUGCUUACAAACGAGCUGUACAGAAGGGUAUACCUCCCAAAUACUUAGUGUAGUUGACUUGUCUUGGGUUGCACUGUAAGGCGGAGUACUCACAGUAGUUGGAACAUGCAGCAUCAGUUGUAUAACUUUUUUUUUUAAAUCAGUGUUUUCUAGGAUACAGAGAAAAGUAUCAUAUCUUAGGGGAGAAAUUCAUGAUUGAUUUUUUUUUUCUCAGCCCAGCAUGGGGUAUAUGUAUUUUUUGUUUGUUUAAAUUUUGCGCUCUCUCUCUCUCUCUCUCUCUCUCUCUCUCUCUUUUGGUAGGAAAAAGAAACUUUUGAUAAAAUGUAUCCAAAUGUUUUAAUUCCCUGUAUGAAAUGAAAUGGGUAGUUUGUUUUAAAACUUGACUACGUAAAGACCUCCUGCAUUGAGACAUGGCUAGGUAUAUUUUUAAGUUAAAAAAAUUAAACACAUUUAUAGAAGUGAGGCUUUUAAAUCUCUUUUUAUCUCCUUUUCUCAUAGCCUCCCAGUUGGACCACUGGCCUUCCCCUAGGCCCUCAGUGGAAUGUUCCAUUGCUCCUAUUCCCAUUUUUGUCACUUGAUGCUUUCAUUCCUGAGAAGGCAGGGCCACAUUCUGUGGAGUUCCAUAAAUGCAAACAGCCCCAAACACAAAGAAGCUAAUGUUUCAUAGGAUCUGUGCUACCUUUUCACGUAAGAUUUGGAUUUCUUAAGGCAGUCAAGGUUCCUAAGUCUGUCCCAGGAGGACAGAUACGUUACUUGUGAUGACAUGAUACCUAGGGAGUUUAUUUCAUUUCUGUUUCUUGCCAGAUGAUAAAGUCUAUUCUCAUCUUCAGGAAUAAAAUAGAGUUUAGUGAAAAUACAUAGAGGAUCGAAGUUGCCAUGUUACUGUAACUUUUGUUCUUUAUCCACUAGCCAGCUACUUCAGCCUAUAACAUCCACUAGCCUGCUGAAAAAUGUUAGCAAGAUGGAUCACACAGAGGAAAAUAACCUGAGAAGAGAAAGGGUGAUGAAAAGGACUGUAAAGUUUUAGAAAGACUAGCAGAUUAAUAAUUUUAAGAGGCUAGUUGUAGUUGUGAAUGGGAAAUAAUAUCACAGGAGAUUUUAAAAAACACAGAAGGAGCACUUCCUCAUCAGAGCAUGGGUGGGAGGGGUGGAGAAGGCACCUGCAAAUGCCAAUGUGAAAAACAAGUGACUAAACCUGCCUAGAAUAUGAACGCAAGGUCUCCACUUAUGGUUGAAUGGCCUUUUUAAGGAAAUUUUAUUAUAUAUUACACCUAUCCAUGUUUAAAGAAGAAAACUAAAUAAUCACGAGCUAAAAUGUGUUUAAAAUGUAUGUUAAUUUUGAGAUAGCUUUCUGCUUGAUGUAUAUUCCUUUGAGGGUUUCUAGUUAGAAUUUCUGUUUCUGCUGUGGGACCAAUGAGAACUAUAGGAGUUCUUUCUUGUCCACUUUUAUUUGAUUUUACUUACUUUUAAACCAAUUUGCUAAUUAAUUACAAGUAAGUGAAAACUUCCACACUUGAAUGGUAAGUUUGCCUCGCUAUUUGGAAAACGACGAUUAUCACUAUAGGAUUGAAGCAAACGUCCAUUCGGGCUGUAUCAGGCAUACAAUAACGGAUAAAGAUCGCACAGCAAUGUACUGAGAGUCUAAAAUACAUGCUAGUAUUGCAUGUCUCGAUGUGUUUUUGUUUGUUUUCUUAACUAAUGAAUCUGUAUAUUGUAAAAUGUGGUGUUUUACAUGUCAAUUCAAUUUUUUAAUGAAAAAAUGUUGAUUAUGGAAAUGGAAAAGUGCAGCUUUUCUUUAAUUCUCUUACAUGUUUUUGUUCUCGAUAUUGUUCUUUUACGUCACCCAUUUUUUUAAUGAUUUUGGUAAAACUCUAUUUAUAUAACGUAGGGUGCAUAUAAAGUUCUCGUUGGUGAUGUCGAAGAAAGAUGUUACUCUUCCAGCCUCCCUCUGGUUCUCUUCCCUGUAAGUCCAUAUACUGAGAACUUGUAAAGGGUGUCAUUAUAACCCUAAGGGAAUUAUUUAAAGGUUUACAUUUUUCAUGAUUCUAAAACACCCAAUGACAUGUAACUUUUGAAAAUUCCUUGCUGUAUGUUUUAUAUUCAGUACCAAGAAAAUUCAGAACAUGGCAAUCAGAAUAUAGAUCAUGGCGGACUAUACAACUUAAAAAUUACGUAUCGGAUAAGUCCAAUUAAAAAGUUUGUAAGAGAGAUCUACAUACACAGAUGUCUUACCUUCCCAACGAAGUAAGGAGAUAAGAAGACGCACAUACCGUAAGCAUUUGGGGAGAGCUGGAAAAUACGUAGGAUGUUGGUACAUAGUACAGUGAAGUGUUUUCCUUGUCAGCUGUCACUCGGCACCCUAAACAUCCCAAGAGCAUCAUCAUGCAAACUUCCCUCUUUCCAGGCCUUCAGACCAAAGUGGCUUUCUGAUGGAUUUUGCCUGUCUGUUCCCAAGUGGAGGCAUAUUUACAAAUCAGAAAUGUGUCCAUCUUUAGGAGAGAAAACAGUGAUAGUCUUCCUCCAGUGUAAGAGUAUUUAAGAGCGUCUCGUGGUUGCUUAAUCCCCAGUAGCCAACUUCCUCCUAUACACAUUCACAGGGAACAAGACAUGGUGGGCUUCCUAUGAAUUCCUAUUAAGCAAUCACUACAGAAAGGAAUAUCCCCUUCCUUUCAUUUAGAACCCCUGGCAUGUAAGUUGUACAAUUAAUACUAAAGCUUACAAAGUCUUUAGGCCGAUAGUAUCUGUAAUCAAAUAAUGAACAAGGGAAAGCAGUUAAAUGAACACACUAUUCAGGGUCAAAUAUGUUCAGCAAAAAGCCGUGGUGGGUCUUUGAUCAUGGUUAGAUUCACAGUGAUAUCAAACAGUUGGUUCUCAUGUAACAGCUAAAUGUUUCACAUUUUGUUUUUAUUAAAUUUGGCAGUUUCACACUGAGAUCUGUAUUCCUAGUGAAUAAAAGACAGCUACUAUGUUCGGAGGGAUUCCAUUUUCACAAUGGCAAGGAAGUCUGAGAUUUCAGGAACGUGGGCCACAAAAUGUACUCCUUUCAGUGUUCCCCUCUUCUGAACUGUGCAGUCAUCUAUUAAAUUUUCUAAUAGAUAUUUGUGUAAGGUGUAUGUAUGCUUGUGCAAUUAUAAAAAAAAGCAGUUUUGGAAAACAGUGUAUUUAUUAAAGAAAAUUACUUAUGGGGCAUGUACAAAACUGUAAAAAAAAAAAAAAAGCUACAAAAAAAAAAACACAUUCGAUUUGCCCAGUAAAGUUGUUUUUGUGAAAUUUCUGUGUUGUUGAAUAAAGGACUUUAGUAUUCAAAAUAUCUCUAUUUUUCCAUGAACAAAUUUUUAUUUGUGGGAAUUUAAAUAAUGGACAUGUGAUCCUGAUAAUCUGAUUUUGUUUAUGAUAAAACAAAAGUGUAUAAUUCUACACUUGCCCUUAUGUCAGCAGAAUGAAUACUGUAUAUAAAUCUUUCAUAAAAUACGGCAGUUUUGUUCAUUUUGUUUUUCCUCAUAGAUUUUUGUCUUUCUCAGAGAGUUAAAGAAAAGGAAAAAGAAGAACAUGGUUCUUUUCACAUUUCUAGAGGAUGUUUUUUGUUAUUGUUGAAAGCUUUAAAAGGUCACCUAAAUAGAGGAAGAAAUGAAUGUAUCCAAACUUUUCUCCUUCCUUCUCCAUCCUAAGUGUUCCAGGAGAAAGCGUCCCAUGAAUCAAUCCCUUGGGCCAUGAAUGGAAAGUCCUGGUGAUAAUACUUGAAAGCAUUAAAGUUCACGAAGAACUGUGCAACACUGGAAUUCUAUCUUCAGCCAUUCCCAGCAAUACUCUGAGAUUAAGUUUUUAUUGUCGUACUUUUUAAAAAAUUUUUUUAUGGAAUAUGAUGGUCUGCCCACGCUGCUUAUUGUUUUGGUGGUGAAUGUGCUUAACCCCUACUUACCUCACUGUUUCUCAGAACAAAGCUCUAAGUUUUUCGAUGCCUCAUAAACUACGAGAAACGUAGAACACCAUUUUAUACCUUGGAAAUCCUUAAUGUGAUGGCAAACACCGAACUUCAAACAAUUUAAAGAGUCCAUGUCCACAGAAAAUAAUACCACAUUAGAAGAUGUUUGUCGAUUUUAUAAAUUUUAGGGUGUGUUCUUUUAGUAUAAUACCGCAAAUGUAAAAUUCCUUGGCCCUGGCAACAGAAUUAGAUCGCAUAGUGUGCGAAGGAAGAAUUAGGUAACUUGAAUUACGAGAGUUUCUGGAUACUCAGCAAUAUUUUCAGGUGAGUUGUUGUGCUUGUUUAUUACAUUUUGGAGUAAGCAACAAUAGGGCAAAAAUAUAAAACUGGGUUUUCAUAGAAAAUACUUUCCUUACUUGAAAUCUUCAAGUAAGGUUUAUUUGUAGUGAUAAGAGAAUAAUGCUUCAAAAUAGUUUGAAUUAACCAUGAAGGGAGAGGGGAGGAGUUCUAUACCUUAUUUAGACGUUGAGCCAGAUAACAGUUUCAUAUGGUUUCUGCAAAAUCAUGUAUUUUUUUAAGAGUGUUUAUUGGUAAAAGUUAUCUUUAUUUGCAUGUUUUAUGCAGAAGCUAUUCUCCAUUUUAUUUCUACUCUUGUCUUUAUUCUGUCUCUUUUUAAUGGUGAAAAUUGUUAUUUGAGGUAAACGGGCUGAACACAAAUUUGUUUUAUCUGCAUGCCCUACAUAAGUAGAGUAGUUAUGAAAAAAGAUUAUUCUUAUUUGGCAAUUUUAUUUCUAAUCUUCUAGUAUCUUGGCUUAAGAUCUGUCUCUGUGUCCUUUGCAAUUCACAUAUUUUGGCCAAUUUUUUAAAGCAAUAUUUCUUAUUUUUAAUGUACUUAUAUAAAAUUAAAUGUCAACCAAAUUAUCUUUAGUCUAAGUCGCUUUGUUUAUCAUAUGUUACUUAAGACAAAAAUCAUUCUGGUACCAGGUGUUAUAAUUUCACAAGUUGGAAGCAGUGUAGAGAUCUCUUUCCAAGAACAGUACUUUUAAAAGCUACUCUUAUCCUGUAUAAAUCCUGCAUGUAAAGCAUUUUUAAUACAGGACUGAAUUACAUGACUUGUCCAGUAUUUAGAUGGUGGGAGAAUCUGACUGCCUGGUUUGAAUUAUGACCUUCUGCUUAUGACUUUUCUGAAAAGUGAUCUUCUAUCUAAAUUUUAUGGCUUCAGGAAACCUGCACAAUUUGGAAGGGAAGUUAGAAAAAACACAGUUAAAUGAUACGUUUUUUACUUUUGGUACCAUCAUAAGACAGGUAGCUGAAAAUUCAUAUUCAUUGUAUCCUUCAAGAACUUUUCUCAUGUUUGCAUGAAUGGCCUUAUGAUUUUAUUUAUAACUUUUAUUGGUAAAUGUUUAUAAUUUGUAAUUUUAUGUAUUAAUGUUGAAUUAAUAUGUGUGUGUGGCUGGAUAUAGAAAGAUCAAUCUGUGUGUGCAUAUGUGUGUGUGGUUUUUUCAGGCGGCAGAGUUGAAGUAGUUAAGGAUCAGUGUAGGUCUCAUUAAACAUGUUUUAUGGCUAAGAGUGUCAGUGUUGUGCCAUUGCAAUUGAAUUUGAUGACUCAGCAUCUUACAAUACUUAAUCUGUUCUCUGGGAAUCAGAAAAUUUGGGGAACCUACAUGGAAUCUUUUGGUCUUCUUAAGUGCUUUUACUUCAGUUCACUAUGUCCUACUUUCAGUUAUUUAAGGGACCGUACUCAAAAUUAUGUAUACAAUUUGUUCCCCAAAUACAUUACUUCCCUUUAUAUAAUUUUUACAUUUUAGGUAUAUUUAUAUACUAUCCGGUUAUUUAUCCGUAUGUAUAUUUGAGUGUCAAGUGCACAUCCAACCACUAAUAGAUGACUUAAUCCAUAGCUUAUAUAUUUUGACCAUAUGGAAAAAGCCUGUAUUCCCCCCCAAAUUCAUGAUAUCUACAGAGCAGCAGUAAGAAGAAUGUUGUGAAUAUUGUGUGUGUGUGUGUGUGUGUGUGUGUUGGCAAACCAGCAAUUGAUUUAAUUCCUCAUUAUUCAACAAGUUUUAUUGUGUAUCUUCAAUGUGCCAGCUACUGGGAAUAUCAAGAUGAAUAAAACAUGAUUCCUGACACAUUUACCAUCACCAUGGAACUCAAUCAAAUGGUUGAAAUAAAUACACAAAUAAAUAAAAACAGUGGAAAGUGUUGUGAAUGGAGCAGGCAUCAUGUGAAGGAGUGGCAAGAAGAGAUAGAGUGAAGCUCUUGAAUUUCACAUUCUUCACGGUUGAAAGAAGAGGGCAAGGCUUGAGCACUCCUGGGAUAUCAAACCUGAGAGUAAAGUAGUGAGCCAAAGAGAUGGGAAUUGCAGGAAAGAAAAAGACAAAGUUCAAAAGACCUGAGAGAUACUACCUUCCUAGUCUAAGUUGCAAUAAUUUCUCAUGGGGAUUGCAGGAAUACCUUGAAGAUAUUGUGGGUUUAGUUCCAGACCACCAUAAAGCAAAUAUUGCAAUAAAGCGAGCCAAACUAA